AUGGCACCUUCAAACACCUUGUGUAUGAUACAGUCCGAGGUGUCCCUUAUGCUUACUGCACUUCGAUGCAGUCAUAGGAAUUCUUUCAGGGUGUAUCAGGAUGACAGCAAAAAGCCACUAUUGCUAAGUUUCGGUCAGCUGAGAUCUAUUUUAAAUGUAGCGACAAGCGUAAAUGAACUAGAACCAUUGGUAUAUCUUACCCCAUUUCUUGAGGUUAUUCGUUCAGAGGAUACAACUGGCCCAGUUACGGGUUUAGCAUUAACUGCUGUGGACAAAUUUUUGUCGUAUGGACUUUUGGAAUUACCUUCGGGAAAACCAGACGAAUUACCUUUGUCUGGGCCUGGAUCGUUAAGUUCUGUCGCCAUGGCAGUAGAAGCAAUUGCUGAUGCUAGUACUCAAGCUCGUUUUGUAGGAACAGAUCCACGUUCAGCAGAGGUUGUAUUAAUGAAAGUUUUGCAUUUGCUACGAACACUGUUGCUUGUACCCGCUGGCACGCUUGUUUCAGAUCGAGCUGUUCGAGAAAUUUUACAGAGUUGUUUUCGUAUAUGUUUUGAGCCGAAAUUGAGUGAAUUACUUAGAAGAACUGCUGAAUUGUGUUUAGCAUCUAUGAUUCAAUUAUUUUUCAGUCGGUUACCAACUUUGGCUGGAUUCAAAAUAGACCGAAAUAUACAACAAUCAGUCAAUUCGUGUUCUGACAUUGAAACAACGGUAAUGGAUAAACAGCCUUCACAAAUUGCUAUGUCCGGUGGAACUAAUCAAACUUCUAUGGAGUGUUCUGAUGAUAGUAAUGAAGCUACUCUCAUAGUAAAAAAUGAAGCAGUAAAUGAAGAAAUUCCUUGUGAAAUGUCAGUCUGUCCUAAUGAUGAUGAUCUAGGCAAUUCCCAAACUGCUUGUAAUUUUUCUCAUAAUUUAGGCGAUCCAAAAAGUGGUUCCAACCACUCAGCCGAUUCAAAUCAAAUAGAAUUUGUCGACCACGAUAAAGCUGCCUCAGCAUUUGACUUUGGUGUUCAUCAAUCAUCUGAUCCGAUUGCUACUCAAUGUGCACAGUCACUGUCUGCUGUUAGCCCAAAUGAUGAAAAUAAUACUAAUAAAUUAACUGUGCCAUCGACACAAUCAGAUACAUAUUUGGAUGAAUAUCAACCUGUUGAUACAAGUCAACCACAACCUUAUACUAUUGCAGCUGUAUAUGAUUUGUUAUCCUACCUUAUAUAUUCACUUUCCCCUGUACAUAAUAAUGAGAGUGUGAUAUCUAUUUCUUUGGGGCUUAUUACUAUUGCACUAGAAACAGGCGCUGAUGCUAUAGCUAACAGUCCACGAUUAUUACAGUUAGUUCGAGGCGAUUUAACUAAAUAUCUAAUGUUGCUUUUAUCUUCCGAGGAUGUUUGGCAGUUCGCUGCUACCCUGCGUGUAUGUUUCUUGUUGUUCGAAUCUAUGCGAAGUCAUCUAAAACUACAAAUGGAAGUCUAUUUACAACGUCUAACAGCAAUCUGUUCAUCAGAUAAUGAGUCAACAGGAUAUGAAUUUCGUGAAAUUGCCUUAGACUCGGUAGUUCGCCUUUUUCUUGUCCCAGGUUUAGCUACUGAACUCUAUGUGAAUUAUGAUUGUGAUCCGUAUUGUUCAAAUUUAUUUGAAGAUAUUACAAAGAUGUUGGCAAAAAAUGCCUUUCCUGUUGAACGUCUAAUGGGUACACAUUUAUUGGCACUAGAUGCAUUACUUGUUGUAUUGAAUACAAUUGAAAUUCAGUGUAGUACACCAUCAGUACCUGUUCAACCAGCAGCAUCAUCCGUCAUGAUGAAGACGACAACAAAUCAAAACCAAACAGAUAAAUCAACAAAUCUGUUCCGUUUUUUACCGCUUUCUGAUAGUACUAACAAAUGUAAAUUACGCUUAAAUAGACACUUUGUCGAUUCAACGAAAUUACCAUCUCGAGAGGAAUUGAAUGCAUCAAAAGCUAAAAAGAAGUUAUUAAUGCUUGGCUCGGAUCAGUUCAAUGUGAAACCAAAGCGUGGAAUAGCAUUUUUACAAGAACAUAAUAUUUUACAAAAGCCAUUGAAUUAUGAUGAGCUGGCCGUGUUUCUUCGUGAAAAUCCACGUCUAGAAAAACGUAUGAUCGGUGAAUAUAUUAGUGAACGUGAGAAUGUGGAUGUUUUAGCAGCAUUUGUUAGACAGUUUAAUUUUGUUGGAGUUCCUAUCGAUGAAGCUCUUCGUGCCUAUGUAGAAGCAUUUCGUCUACCUGGUGAAGCACCACUAAUUCAAAGGAUUAUGGAACAUUUUGCCGAACAUUGGUAUAAAUCAAACAAUUCUCCAUUUGUUGAUGUUGAUGCAGCUUUUACACUGGCAUAUGCCAUAUUAAUGUUGAACACUGAUCAACAUAAUCCAAAUUCUAAACGACAAAAUGCACCAAUGCGUAUGGAAGAUUUUAAGAAAAACUUAACUGGUAUGAAUGGAAAUCAAGAUUUUGAUCCAAAACUGUUGGAAUCAAUUUUCAAUAAUAUUCAUAACAAUGAAAUUGUCAUGCCUAUUGAACAGACAGGUUUGGUUCGUGAAAACUAUUUAUGGAAGUGUCUACUUCGGCGUUCAUCAACAAAACAAGCACAGUUCAUUCAUCUACAGACUGGUGUAUUGGAUGCUGAUUUAUUUGAAUUAAUCUGGGGACCGACAGUAUCAGCAUUAUCGUUUAUCUUUGAUAAAACUACAGAUCCUGAAGUUCAGAAUAAAGCGGUCGAUGGAUUUAAUCGAUGUGCAACUAUAGCUGCUUAUUAUGGAAUGAGUGAUGUUCUAGACAAUUUAGUUAUUUCAUUGUGUAAAUUUACAACUUUAUUAACUGCCAAUGAUAUCAAUCCUACAAAUUUGUCUGUUCUGCUUGGACGUAAUACAAAAGCUUGUCUGGCUCUACGCUUAGUAUUUAGUAUCUCUUCGAAACACGCAGAUAUUCUACGCUAUGGUUGGCAUUCACUAUUAGACUGUCUACUUCAAUUAUUUCGCGCAAAUCUUAUACCCUAUGAAUUAUUGGAAUCACAAGAUUUUCUAGCUUCAUCACGAAAGGUCUAUGUUACAACUGAAGGUUGCAUACCGAUAAAAAGUAGGUCGAAGUCUUCACGUCAUUCGUUUAAACGUAAACAGAAAACUUCCCAUUCACAGAAUACUAAUUCUAAUCGGGAACUAGGUGUUUUUAGUUCAUUCUAUCAGUAUUUAACAACUGGAUCAACAUGGAUUGCUUCAGGUGAUGAAGAAGAUGAAUCAAAGGAUGAUGACAGCGAUGAUGAUGAUGAUGAUGACGAUACCGCAGAUGGCAACGACGGGAUUUUGUUGAAUAAAAAAGAUCAUGGUAUAUCUUCAUCAUCUCGUGAUUGUAAAUCAUCAUCGAAGGGUAAUAAUUCACCAGAUAGCGGAAUAUUUAAUCAAAAUGAAAGCAAAUUAUUCAAUAGUAUAAUCAGUCAGAAUAAUUUAUUAUCAUCCUCGGUUAAUCGUAGUGGUGGUCAACUGGAUGAACAGACAGCGACUCGUUUUGCUUCAGAAGUUGUUUUACAAUGUCAUAUUGCACAAUUGAUUGAAGACAGUAAAUUUUUGGUUGACGCUUCGUUAAUCGAAUUAAUCAAAGCUUUGUUAUGCGCUACACGCGGAGAUGUUCAUGCUACACUACCGAAUAAUUUUGAUUUUGAUUCUAUGUUUUCCAUGGAUGGUUUAUUGCAUAUUACUUCUCAUUCAAUACAAAAUAGUGUCAAUUCUGAUUCAGGGUUAUCUGCAUCUUUGUCCACUACUGGUUCGAAUGGUCAAACCAGCGGUUAUACUUAUGAAGCCAUUCCAGGUGUUCCAACACAACAAUACUAUACUUCAUUGCAGCAGAAUUCCCUUUCUUCAACUUCACCACCAUUACUUCAGUGGAUUGGUAGUGCCAAUUCCACUGCAUCUUAUUAUUCACCGUGUAAUUCUGCAAGUGAUGGUAGCUCUUCGUUAGAUGACUGUCGUGUAUUCUGUCUUGAAUUGCUUAUUCGUGUUUUAAUGCAUAAUCGUGAUCGAUUGGCUGGAUUUUGGUCUUUGGUAAGAUACUAUCUAGCUGACCUGUUGCUAUCUACACGUCCACCGAAUCUUCUCGUUGAAAGAAUAAUUGUUGGCUUUCUUCGUUUAGCCAUCUGUCUGUUACGUCGACAUGAAGUAACCAGUCAAAUAUUUGCAACAUUGUAUUGGCUUCUUUUAAAUCAUGGUGAACAAUUGAUGUACUGUAUUAAUGCAAAAACAAACACAUCAUCUUCAACAUUGAAACAGUCAAGUGGUGGUGGUGGUGGUAUCACCUCACCGAAAAUGUCCAAUUCACGUAGUGUCAAUAAGAAGUCUUCUACUGACGGCGUUAACAAUCUUGACUCUAUGCUAUUAAUGCUAUUCAAACAAGGUUCACGUGUCGGUCGACAGGUGAUUUCUGGUUUAACAGAUUUGUUAAGAAAUCAUGCUGCUGAUCUACCAGAUCCAACUACAGAUUGGAAGCUUAUCUUUGGCUUACUAGAGGUUUGUGGUGCUGGUCGACGAGCGAAUAGCAUUAUACAAAAAGGCGGAAGUGAUAAACUGAUUUAUGCUAGUACAGAUGAGCUGGAAACAGCGACGCCUGAUAAUAGUCGACAGUUGUUUCAUACAGACAUGCAUGAAUCAAAUCGUGGUUAUACCAGCGAUAGUGAAACACUUCGUACUGUUCAUGAUCUACCACCACCUGUAACAAGUACUUCGUCUCUACAGCUAUCCAAUACACAAUAUGGUAAAGUAUCAGAAAUAGUCAAUGAACCGAAUAUUCCAAUCAAUUCAUCAUCAGAAGUAGACACGACAACGCUUGAGAUGAAUAAAAAUGGUUUUUCAGAAUCCUAUGAAGUAUUAUCCAAGCUGUCAAUUAGUGAAAUACAAAAUCCUAUCAUGGAUAAAUCAUCUUUGUUUACCACUCCAUUGGCGUUAAGUUAUGAAGUGCCUAUAGGGUCACGUGAUCCCGUGACAUUAGAACAAGCAACUGAUUGUUUAGCCUUUUUAGUUCGUGAUCCAGCUCAUAUAACACCGGAUAACUUUGAGUAUGCUGUUCAAGCUUUACGAGUUUUUGUUGAAGCGUGUCUUCAUCGACCACCAAAAUACACCAAUAAGAGUCGUCUGUCAGAUACGCAUAGCAGUGCAAAUAAAAUCAAUUCAGAUACACGUCGACCUCGAUCUGAUUAUCCGAGAAUUUCAUCAAAUCGUCAAAUGCAUCAUCACCAUAAUCAACGUCAUCGUCAUUAUGCUUUGUCCGAUUCAGAUACGGAUAAUGAAUAUCAUGAGCAGGAGAAAUGCAGAAAAACCGAAAAUGGAAUUUUGUUCACUGAAACGAUGUUGAGUCCUGUGACCAGUGUUAUUGCUAUUCAGCUACUUGAUCUGAUCAGUAUAUUGUUCACACGAGCGACAUCAAUAUAUACUGAAUGGACCAAAAUGAGCUCUGAUAGAGUAACACCAUCAUAUGCUGCAACAAAUGAUGACGGUGAUGUUGACAGUGAUAACACCCGUGAGAUAGUGGCUGAAUCUACACUAACUAAUGCGGAUCGAUUAAAUCUAGAUCAUUUAUGGACUAACUGUUGGCGACCUUUACUUCAAGCUACAGCUAGACUUUGUUCCGAUAUUCGUCGAGAUGUUAGAACAGAUGCAUUGAGUUAUCUACAGAAGGCUUUACUCUCACCAACAUUACAUUCAUUAAAUGGUAAACAGUGGGAAGAUUGUUUCGAUAAGGUUCUCUUUCCAUUAUUAUCUGGUUUCCUAGAGAGCAUUGCACUUGAAGAAGCUAUUGCUGCAAACUCACAAAGAGUGAAUAACAUUGGUAGUGUUGGGGCUGGUGGAACUACUAAUCAUAACUCAAAUAGUACUGGGUAUGGUUAUCACUUACAUACUGUGGAGUUUGCUGAUCCGCGUAUGCGUGCUAUCCCUUUAUUGACCAAAGUCUACCUGCAGCAUCUUCGACCCUUAUAUGAAUUGGAUACCUUCAAUAUACUAUGGAUACGGAUGCUUGCAUAUAUGGAGCGUUAUAUGCUUGCCAGUAGUUCUGAUUCAUUAACGGAUGCUGUACGUGAAUCUCUAAAGAAUGUACUGUUAGUUAUGUGCACUGGGACGCAUGACAUCAAUCCAAUUUUAAUUAAAAAUUCUCCUCCAGGUUCCAAUUCAGCUAUACUCUGGGAAUUGACAGAAAAACAUUUGUCAACAUUUUUACCUGAAUUAUUAGAACAAUUGUUUCCAAGUAAUCCACCUGAAACAAUGAUGACGAUGAUGAUGACAAAUGCUCCUGUGUCAGCAAUGACGACAACAACAACAGCAGUAAUGGAUUUACCUUCGAAUGUUUCAGAUGAAGCUGUCCAAGUUUUAUCUGAUCCAUGUGUAAAUGAAGUUAAUGAAGUUACGCCAUCCCAGCCAUCUCUCUGCAAACCAACUGAUGAUGAUGUUCCCAAUUCAGAUAUUGUUGUGGUAGAACAGAGCGUAAAUCUUCAGCAUGAUAAAACAGGAGAAUUCUCGGAUCCCUCGGCAGCAACAACAGUUUCAGUACCAGUCACGCCUGUAAAUCAAAGCAUAUCUGCGAUUCAAAAUUUGUGA